GUCGUAAGAUAUCUCUUUCUUCCACCUCGUCCGGCCCAUCGUGAUGAGGAUGCUGGAGCCCAUGGGAUCCAGUGCUCUGCACACCUGCUCCCGAUGAAUGGGUCCUGUACCACUGCGUCGUCCGUGAUCAGUCAAUCCACUGCGAGACUCUCGACCUUGCCCUACCUCACUUCUUUUGUUCCACCCACCCCAUCACCACCAUCACCACCACUUCUUCACUUCAUAUUCGUACACCUUCCCUCCCGCUGCUCACUCACUCACUCACUCACUCCCAGUGAUUCGUGGAACCUAGAAGAGGCUGGAACUUUCACUGGUCUCGUCCAUCACCGCUCGUCGCUGGGUGAACCUCAACCGCGAUCAACCACCUCCGCCAACUUGGUUCCUCGUACCUUCCUUGACGCUGUCUUGCUUUGAUCCCUCGCUUGACCAACAAACACCAUCAGCCGGCUCGUUCUGCUGGCACUUGGCUGGUCACAAUAUCCUUGUAUCCCGUCAACAUUCUUCGCCUGUCACGCCAUUACCCCCCGGCGCUGAAAUACACGAGUGAAAAUGACCAUCUUUGUUGCUACCCUCUUUCUACCCUAUACGAUCAACUUUGAUGUUCCCGCCUCUGCCUCUCGCUCCGAGUCUCCUGAACUUCUGAGACCACAGUUGGCACUCACUCAGAACACUCCGAGUGAGACUCAGACUGUGAGCCUCUUCACCCCCGGUGCAAGCAGUAGCCCCCACCUCUCCCAGCUCUCCCAGAGUUCUGGCCCCAUUCCUCCGACUCCGGGCGCAACCACCGACCAUGAGAAGAUCUUCCGACCUCACAAUGAGCGAAAAUUCAGCCUGACUCUCCCCAGCCUCAAGAAGGAGGUCACAGUUCCCGUGCGCGCCAUCUCUCGACAUGAUCUUCACUCUCCAGGUUGGGGUAAGACCUUCACCUGGAACCAACCUCCUUCUCGCGCCAAGUCCCCUCCUCCAAGUUCAAUACUGAAGCAUGCAGUGAUCGGCGCUAAAGAUGUUAAGGAAGUCAAAGAGAAGGCAAUUUCACUCGCGCACAACACUGGACACAAACCCGGUCGGCGUCAAAGAACGAGGACUGUUAGUCACGAGCGGCACUUUUCGCACGACAGUUACACGGUCGAAAAGGCCAUCAUCGGCAACGGAGGGCUAUACAAUGCCGUUGAUGCUGCUGUCGAUGCUGGCAUUUGCGAGGAAAAGACUUGGGUCGGAACCCUGGGCUGCCCGGUUGACGCCUUGGACGAGCACUUGAAAGAGAGUAUUGCAGAGAAACUGGAAAACGACUAUGACUGUUUGACUGUCUACACCAGUGAUAGCGAUCUCAAUGGUCAUUACGAGCACUACUGCAAGACCAUCCUUUGGCCUGUGGUUCACUAUCAGAUUCCGGACCAUCCAAAGAGCAAAGCGUAUGAGGAUCACUCUUGGGUAUUCUAUGCCAAGGUCAACGAAGCUUUCGCUGAUCGUAUCGCAAAGAACUGGAAGAAGGGCGAUGUCAUCUGGAUCCAUGACUAUCAUCUGCUUCUCCUUCCCGGCUUACUACGCCAGAGGCUUCCCGAGGCCCAGAUCGGCUUCUUCCUGCAUACGGCAUUCCCAUCAUCAGAAAUCUUCCGAUGCCUCGCCGUUCGUACGGACCUGCUUCAAGGCAUGUUGGGUGCCAACAUGAUUGGGUUCCAGAACGACGAAUAUGGCCAUCACUUCCUUCAGACCUGCAGUCGCCUUCUCAACGUCGAAGCCACUAAACACGGAGUCAUUCUUGAAGACGGCAGGUUUGUCCAUGUCAAUACAUACCCCAUUGGUAUUGACCCCAAAGCAAUCGACCUGCAGCGACAAGUCAAAGAAGUCAAAGAGUGGGUGCAUACCAUCACCGACAAAUACCGCGGCAAGCGGAUCAUCGUGGCAAGAGACAAGUUGGACAGUAUCCGCGGGGUCCGUCAAAAAAUUCUGGCGUACGAGCUAUUCUUGAACAAAUAUCCCGAAUACAGAGACAAAGUCGUGCUCAUCCAAAUUGCAACCUCCUCGGCCGAGGACCCCGAGUUAAGUGCUACUGUGGCCGACAUUGUCACUCGGGUCAAUUCGACCCAUUCAACCCUCGCUCAUCAACCCCUGGUGUUUUUGAAGCAAGACAUUGACUUCUCUCAAUACAUGGCCUUGCUCACAGUCGCAGAAUGUUUAAUGAUUACCAGCUUGCGAGAGGGUAUGAACUUGACAAGCCAUGAGUGGAUACUCUGCCAGGACGGCAAAAUCUCCCAGAACAAGUAUGGUCCUCUGAUUCUUAGUGAGUUCACCGGAUCUGCUACGGUUUUUGGGCACGAUGCCCUUUUGGUCAACCCAUGGCACUACAGCCAUUGUGCCGAUGCCAUCAAACAAGCUCUGGAUAUGUCCCUCGAAGAGCGCGAGAAUCGCUGGAAGGCUCUGUACGAUAUUGUCGUACAUCAGAAUGCUGUCGGUUGGUUUGAGCACUAUAUCACGGGUUUGGAACACGCAUGGAAAGAACACACUGUCCGCGACUCUACUGCAGUCCCACGGUUAUCCUUACCUUCUGUCAAGUCCAAGUACCAGAAAGCCAAAAAGCGUUUGAUUAUCCUCGACUACGAAGGAACUCUGGCUUCAUGGGGUUCUCCCACUGACAUCAUCUUGACCACCCCCAAGAGGUCGGUCGACGUGCUGAACGAUCUUAUUGAGGACAAGAAGAAUAUUGUGUACGUCAUGAGCUCGAGGAUGCCAGAAGAGAUGGAGCGGCUCUUUAGUCCCGUCAGUGGCAUUGGGAUGAUUGCUGAGAACGGCGCCUUCGUGCUGGACCCGGGCACAGACGAGUGGCAGGAGUUGACCAAUCUCGAGCAUGUUCGAAACUGGAAGAAAGGGGUGAAGAGUAUUCUUCAAUACUAUGUCGAGAGAAUCGAGGGCAGUCGAGUUGAAGAGCGCCAUGCCUCAUUGAUCUUCGAUUAUUCAGAAGCAGAAGACAGGCAAGGGGCCUUCAAACAGGCCGGCGAAUGCGCCAAUCACAUCAAUGACGCUUGUCGUGGGCAGAAUGUCAAUGCGAUCCCUGUCGAAGAUGCACUCAACAUUUCGGAAAUGGACAUCAACAAAGGAUCGGCUGCUCAGUUCAUUGGGGAGAAUCUGGAAAAGUUGGCCCAAGAGAAGGGAGUACCGUUCCCCGACUUCCUCAUGGUCAUUGGUGACUCGCGAGAGGACGAGUAUGUCUUCAACUGGGCUCACAGGUUGGAGAAGGCUGAAAAGAUCCGAGACGUUGUCACGGUGACAUUAGGUGCCAGAAGCACCGAAGCAUCGGCCACAUUAACUCAAGGCGUUACUGGUGUAUUGUCGAUCCUCGAGAAACUCGCAAGAACUCUGCAGAGAGUGUGAAGCUAUGGUGUUCUGGUUCGACUGGACGCUGUCCAUUAUUAAUGAGGCUCACUGCGCGGACAGUUGACAAAUGUAUGCAGGAGUUUGCACGGUAUGACGAGUUUAUGAUGAGAUGCAUAGAGCGGGUCAACAACCCCUUUUAGAUACCCUGUAUUAGAAAGGUCAGGCAAUAGAAGUCCAUUCGCUGCAGAGGUAGAAUCAGGUUAGACGGCGGAAAAAAGUAUCAUCUC